GGACAUGGAGCCGAAGCAAACAGCCGACGCUAGGGACUCCCCGCCGCUGCUGGUGUUCCUGGAGCCCGCUGCUGAAGAAGUGACAGCUCACACCGCUCCGCUCUCUCCCAACCCCCAGUCAGCCAGAGCUGCUCCUGGCAGCGCCGUGCGCUUCUUUUCCGAUAGCGCCCGGGAGGAAGAGGCCGGGGAGGAUGAGCCGCUGCUGAAGAAGUCUGGCCCGGUGUCCCCUCGGGCUGCGAGGAAAGGGAGGACUCGGCUUAGUUCGUCCUCGGACAGAGAGAACAUGAGCGGGGGUCACAUUGGAAAUGGGGAGUUUAAUGUCAUUUUGGAUGACUUGGAAUUUGCUGAUAUAAUUCACCGAGCAGAGCAAGCCAUAGAGAGCGGUGUGUUUCCAGAAAGAAUCUCUCAAGGAUCCAGUGGAAGUUACUUUGUUAAAGAUCCAAAAGGGAAAAUUAUUGGCGUGUUUAAACCAAAAUCAGAGGAGCCUUAUGGGCAUCUAAAUCCAAAAUGGACCAAAUAUUUUCACAAGAUUUGCUGCCCCUGCUGCUUUGGUCGUGGAUGUCUUGUUCCUAAUCAGGGGUACCUUUCUGAGGCUGGUGCCUAUCUGGUAGAUGAGAAAUUGGGAUUAGGUGUUGUUCCAAAAACCAAGGUAGUGUGGCUUGUAAGCGAAACAUUCAAUUACAGUGCAAUAGAUCGAGCAAAAUCGCGAGGCAAAAAAUAUGCUUUAGAAAAGGUGCCCAAAGUGGGUAGAAAGUUUCACCGUAUCGGACUACCUCCUAAGGUUGGUUCCUUCCAGCUCUUUGUUGAUGGCUAUAAGGAAGCUGACUACUGGCUAAGGAAAUUUGAAACAGACCCCUUACCUGAAAAUACCAGAAAGCAACUUCAGUGUCAGUUUGAGAAAUUAGUAAUACUUGAUUAUGUUAUUAGAAAUACGGACCGAGGCAAUGAUAAUUGGCUAAUUAGGUAUGACAGUCAGGAUGAAGAUGAGUUGAUGGAAAAGGGAGACGAUUUUCCUCUAAAGGAUUGGAAGGAAAUCAAGGAACCAGUAAUCAAAAUUGCUGCAAUUGACAAUGGUUUAGCUUUUCCUUUUAAACAUCCUGAUGAAUGGAGAGCGUACCCGUUCCACUGGGCUUGGCUUCCCCAAGCUAAAGUUCCUUUCAGUCAGGAAACCAGAGAUUUAAUUCUGCCACGCAUCUCUGAUAUGAAUUUCGUCCAGGACCUUUGUGAAGAUCUUUAUGAACUUUUUAAGACUGAUAAAGGAUUUGACAAGGCUACAUUUGAAAAACAGAUGUCUGUGAUGAGAGGACAGAUUCUGAAUCUGACGCAGGCAUUAAAAGAUGGCAAAACUCCUAUUCAGCUAGUACAGAUGCCUCGUGUGGUGGUGGAGCGUUCCUGCAGCGGCAGCCAAGGCAGAAUUGUGCAGAUGAGCAAUGCAUUUACACAGACUUUUCAUUGCAGAAAACCCUUCUUCUCUUCCUGGUAACAGGAGAAAUGUUAUUAUAAAGCUGCUCUUUUGCACAAGCACUGCAAUAAAGUGAAACCUGCUGUCGGUCGUCAACUGCCAAAACCCUCGGGCUGUGGUACUAAUUAGUAUUCUGAAUGUAAUUAAAAGGUUUACAGUUCAGUCCGUAUUGUAACGUCAGGGAUUCACAUAGGACUGUGUUGGCUGUACUGUAUUUUUAUAUGACUAAUUAAACUUGUACAUUUUGGAGGAAAAAAAAUGUUCAAAUGGUUGUGCUCCUUCAGGGGGUUCCUAUAUGCUGGAAUGAUAAUGCCGUAAAUAUAGCAAUGCAAAGUAGAUUUAUUUAUAAUGUAAAAAGCUGAUAUUUUGUAAUAUUAUAUUUGCCAUAUUAAAUGAUGAAAUAAAAUGUUUUUUCUCACUUU